AUGGUCAACAAGCACAAGCCAUGGAUCGAGACAUCGUAUCAUGGAGUCAUUACUGAGAACAAUGACACAGUCAUUUUGGACCCACCACUGGUAGCCCUGGACAAAGACGCACCAGUUCCUUUUGCAGGGGAAAUUUGUGCUUUCAAGAUCCACGGCCAGGAGCUGCCCUUCGAGGCCGUGGUGCUCAACAAGACAUCGGGAGAGGGCCGGCUCCGUGCCAAGAGCGCCAUCGACUGCGAGCUGCAGAAGGAGUACACGUUCAUCAUCCAGGCCUACGACUGUGGGGCGGGGCCCCGGGAGACCGCCUGGAAGAAGUCACACAAGGCUGUGGUCCAUAUCCAGGUGAAGGACGUCAAUGAGUUUGCUCCUACCUUCAAAGAGCCAGCCUACAAGGCUGUUGUGACCGAGGGCAAGAUCUACGACAGCAUCCUGCAAGUAGAGGCCAUCGACGAAGACUGCUCCCCCCAGUACAGCCAGAUCUGCAACUACGAAAUUGUCACAACCGAUGUACCUUUUGCCAUCGACAGAAAUGGCAACAUCAGGAACACUGAGAAGCUGAGCUAUGACAAGCAACACCAGUAUGAGAUCCUGGUGACCGCCUAUGACUGUGGGCAGAAGCCUGCUGCUCAGGACACCCUGGUGCAGGUGGACGUGAAGCCAGUUUGCAAGCCUGGCUGGCAAGACUGGACCAAGCGGAUCGAGUACCAGCCCGGCUCGGGGAGUGUGCCCCUGUUCCCCGGCAUCCACCUGGAGACGUGCGAUGGGGCCGUGUCCUCCAUCCAGAUCACCACGGAGCUGCAGACCAAUUACAUCGGGAAGGGAUGUGACCGGGAGACCUACUCGGAGAAAUCCCUUCAGAAAUUAUGUGGAGCCUCCUCUGGCAUCAUCGACCUCUUGCCGUCCCCCAGCACUGCCACCAACUGGACCGCGGGGCUGCUGGUGGACAGCAGUGAGAUGAUCUUCAAGUUUGACGGCAGACAGGGUGCCAAGAUCCCUGAUGGGAUCGUGCCCAAGAACUUGACGGACCAGUUCACCAUCACCAUGUGGAUGAAACACGGCCCCAGCCCGGGCGUGAGGGCCGAGAAGGAAACCGUCCUCUGCAACUCAGAUAAAACCGAAAUGAACCGGCAUCACUACGCCCUGUAUGUGCACAACUGCCGCCUGGUCUUCCUCUUGAGGAAGGACUUCGACCAGGCAGACACCUUCCGCCCAGCCGAGUUCCACUGGAAGCUGGACCAGAUCUGUGACAAAGAGUGGCAUUACUAUGUCAUCAACGUGGAGUUCCCCGUGGUUACCUUAUACAUGGAUGGAGCAACAUAUGAACCAUACCUGGUGACCAACGAUUGGCCCAUUCAUCCGUCUCACAUAGCCAUGCAACUGACGGUCGGCGCGUGUUGGCAAGGAGGCGAAGUCGCCAAGCCGCGGUUUGCCCAGUUCUUCCACGGCAGCCUGGCCAGUCUCACCAUCCGCCCCGGGAAAAUGGACAGUCAGAAGGUGAUUUCCUGCCUGCAGGCCUGCAAGGAAGGGCUGGAUAUUAAUUCCCUGGAAAGCCUCGGCCAAGGAAUAAAGUAUCACUUCAACCCCUCGCAGUCCGUCCUGGUGAUGGAAGGUGACGACAUCGGGAACAUCAACCGCGCCCUGCAGAAGGUCUCCUACAUCAACUCCAGGCAGUUCCCGACCGCGGGCGUGCGGCGCCUCAAAGUCUCUUCCAAAGUCCAGUGCUUUGGAGAAGACGUGUGCAUCAGCAUCCCCGACGUGGACGCCUACGUGAUGGUGCUGCAGGCCAUCGAGCCUCAGAUCACCCUCCACGGCACCGACCGCGUCUGGAGACCUGCCGCCCAAUUUGAAAGUGCCAGAGGGGUGACCCUCUUCCCUGACAUCAAGAUCGUCAGCACGUUCACCAAAGCCGAGGCCCCAGCCCCCAAACCAGCUGUCUUAGAAGAAAUGCUUCACAACUUAGAUUUCUGUGACAUUUUGGUGCUGGGAGGGGACUUGGAUCCAAGACAGGAGUGUUUGGAGCUUAACCACAGUGAGCUCCACCAGCGACACCUUGAUGCCACCAACUCUACUGCAGGCUACUCCAUCUACGGUGUGGGCUCCAUGAGCCGCUAUGAGCAGGUGCUUCGUCACAUCCGCUACCGCAACUGGCGCCCGGCUUCCCUCGAGGCCCGGAGGUUCAGGAUCAAGUGCUCGGAACUCAAUGGGCGCUACACCAGCAACGAGUUCAACUUGGAGGUCAGCGUCCUCCAUGAGGUCAGAGUCUCAGACAAGGAGCACGUCAACCACCUGGUCAUGCAGCCUCCCUUCCUCCAGCCUGCCCGCCAGCCCAAGUCCCAGACCAGCGUCCAGCGCAGUUCAGUGGUCCCAAGCAUUGCCACCGUGGUCAUCAUCAUCUCCGUGUGCAUGCUAGUGUUCGUGGUGGCCAUGGGUGUGUACCGGGUUCGGAUCACCCACCAGCACUUCACCCAGGAGACCGAGGCUGCCAAGGAGGCCGAGAUGGAUUGGGACGACUCUGCGCUCACAAUCACAGUCAACCCCAUGGAGAAACACGAAGCACCAGGCGGCGGGGCGGACGAGCCCGAGGAAGAGGAGGAGAUGGAAGAAGACACAGGCUCCAGCAGCAGCGACUCGGGCAGCGAUGAGGAGGAGGCGGAGGAAGGCGCGGGCAGGGGCAGGCACGGGCAGGGCGGCGCCAGGCAAGCCCAGCUGGAGUGGGACGACUCCACCCUCCCCUACUAGUGCCCGCCGUCCGCGUCGCCCACCCGUCCCUUUUGUAAGCCACACCUGAUUAUGUGAGUCUAUCACCGUCGCCUCUGAUUUCAGUGACACUCCGGGCAGGCCUUCCCCAGCCUCCCCGAGCCCACCCUUCAUGCCCUGGGCACUCCCUGGGCCCCAGCCCUGGGGCGGUUCUGAGAAGCCCAGCGUCAUCCUCAGCGGGGACUUCGGGGUGGGCUUUGUCCUGCAGCUCCCACUGUCCCUACAUUGGGCUCCCCCGGCAUCCUGCCAGCCAGUCUGCAGAGUCCUGCCUUGCUCUUCUCUGCGGGGCAGAAUGUCGGGCUUUAUGUCAGUCGCCUCCCCCGUUUCCGUGUUCCCAAGGCCCUCGGGUUCCCACUCACUGUGUGCGCACCUAACUCAGUUGUCUCUCCGCACAGACCAGCAGGUUCUCCUUACCUGCUUUCCAGGUGACUUCAUUCUGGCAGGGUGGUCGGACUUCACACACCUGAGAUCUUGGUCCUCAGCACUAAAGGGAAGUCCUUGUUGGAGGGAUUUAGGUUCAUAGGGAAGGGUUCACACGCUCAUGCACACGCGCACACACUCCCCCCAGUUGAGAGCCUUUCCCUUUGACCUUUCUGAGGCCAUAUAAGCAUAUAUGAAAAGUCCAAAACUUGGGCCACAGCAGGGCCUGGUCCCCAGCCAAAGCUCUCUGAGUCUGCCUGCCUGGGCAGCCACUGAAACCCACAUGGUUUCCCUGCUGGGGGUCCCCACCCCCUGAAACCACCAGGUCUAGGAGGCAUUCCACAGAGGCACUGCCGCAGGCGACAGCUGUGAAAAGCCUGCAGCAGGGGUCAGGAGGAAGGGCUGAUGGAGCGACACCACUGGGCUUCACGGUGGACGCAGGCCUGGGAGACAGGGCGGCUGGGCCGAGCCAGGCCAGGGGCCAGCAGCGCCACGUGGACGAGGCUCUGGCCGCCGAGUCUUACGAUCCUUGACCCUAUUCCACGCUGGUUGCCUCCUAAGAAAAUACAUUCCUCUUGGAUGCAUUAGAACAGGCGUCAACUGCAUCAAGUCUAAAAUGAAAGUUUGAAAAUUUAACUGCUAGGAAUUAGAAACAUUUGCGAUAACAGCUGCUUCUUUCUUCUCAUUAAAAAAAAAAAAAAAAGGAGCCAACCCUUUGGGUGGAGGGCAAAUAUAUCUGAAAACCUAAGUUAUUUAUUUAUUUCUUCUUCUUUUAAUAAGGAAACCUCUUCCAUCUCCUUCCUAACGUGGGCACUUCAUGGGGGGAAUUGUUGCUAUGGUAACUGGUCUGUGAUCUUUUGUGGCCAAGAGAAUAGCUGGCAAAAAUUAGGGCCAUUAUAGGCCGUCCACAAGGCUCCGACACCUCAGGCUUUGUCCUUGGCGUGUGCGAUCUGUCCCCAUCCUCCCAGUCUCCUCCAGCCCCCUCCAUGCGGCUUGGCACAGGCACAGUGCUGGUCCCUAGUCACCGGGCAUUCAGAUUCAGAAGGAAGUUCAGAAUCUGUUCAUUCUAUGCCCCGGGUCCCCAAAAUGAAGCUCAUGAAUCAUAUGUCAGUGUCCCCUAGUCUGACCUUCACCCAGGGAGGACCCACGAUAAGCCUUUGCAGCCUCUGAUUCCAGAAGACUUCCUUAUGCAGCUUUUUCUGUCGCCUAAAGUGUUUUUGGCAUCUGCUCCUUCCUUGGAGCCUCGCGGUAAUUCCGUGAGGGAGCUGGGACAUCUGUCGUCAGGCUCAUUUUCACUGUGAGUAAACUGAGGUUCGGAGAGUCAAGCAUCUUGCUCAGAGCCAUUUGGAGAUAUAGACAAGGCUAGACUCCCCACUUCCCACUCCUGGUCCAGCGCCCGCCACCCGGGGUCUACUUAUGUUCAUAUUCACGCAACUAACAGGCUUUACUGAGGACCUACUGUGUGCCGAGCACUCGCCCAGCAGCUGUGGGAGGGGGGUGAAGCUGAAUUAGAUGAGCCCCUUCCCUCAGAGUAAAACAAAGGGGCACGGAAAUUAUACAAGAGACAGACACAGAGGGAGGGGAGAAGUCACAGGAAGAAGAGGGGCACACCCACAAACUUGGCCAGUGUUCUUAUUUUUCCCUUCUUGGGGAAGAACACUGGUAGGGGUUUGGGGCUUUAUAUUCAUUGAAUGGGAAUAGACACUUCUGUGAAUUCUCCCAGCCAAAUAGCCCUUUUCUCCCUGGCUAAGUCCGCACAUCCUCAAGGAGAAAAUCAACAGGACUGCAUGGUCCUCAGGGUCCCCGGGUCUCCCCAGGGCUGCAUCACUCGUUCACGGCUGGGUGAGCAGUCUGGGGCACUGCAAAUCUUUCUAUGGUUUGGAGGACGGAGCAAGUGGAAGUGGCACUUGGCUAGAGUAGCAGAGUCGUGGACUGGACUUACAUGCAUAGAAACAACAGGGUCGUCAGAGCCCUUUCUGUCACCUCUUGUUAUGAAAGGUCACACUCUGUGUGCCAGUUCAGAAGGGGCUGUGAUGUAAAGGGAAUGGAAGCAUCGGGGAGUGUCGCAGUGAGUGGUGAGUAAUGUCCCUUGCCCUUCACCAGAUAUCCUAGCCACACAUGAAAAAGGUCAUGAAUCAGCCCAUCAUUUCCAGGCUCCAUAUGCUGGCAUCCGGGAACCAAGCUCCCAGAUGACCCGAACAUGCUGUGACCUCUCAUCCCAUGUCAGCAGUGGCAGAUGCAGGCCUGAAUCCAGGAGGAACAGCUGACUGGUUUGACCAGAGGCCAACCUGUUGCUUGUCUUUCCAAGUGCAUGGUCAGAUUCUGCUUCCCGGAGCUUGAAAAUAGAUAGGCUGACACCUCUCCAGUGACUCGGACAACCGGGAGGAGGGGGAAGGGGUUGAGACAGAAAAGGCCAGCACAGGAUGAGUUCCCUGGUGGAGCAGAGCAAUCAAUGAGCUGGCCACCUGUCUUAAGGCAUGCUAAAAUAUAUUCCAGUAGGUGUCUUCAAAUGCUAUGAAGCUGACCAAAGCCCAGAUUCAUCUAGAUACAAAAAUGUGAUUUCAGCGAGACCUCUUUUCACUAUCAGUUUCCUGAACAUACUCAGUCCUGUCGGGCAGGGCUCAGGCCACGUACCUCCGUGUGUAGCAAGGGCUGUGCCUUGCGGACAUGGACCCCCUGGAGAAAGGGAUCCUGGUGGGAGCAAUGCUCUCCAUUCCUGCACAUACGGCAGGACUGGCAAACUUAACCUGUAAAGAGCUAGACAGUAAAUACCUGGGGCUUUGCAAGCCACAUGGUCUCCGUUGCAAGUAUUCCGCUCUGUCGUAGCAUGAAACCAGCCGCAGACAGUGGUUGGCAAAUGAAUAUGGCUGCGUCCCAAAACAGCUUUAUUUAUGAGCCCUCAAAGAUCAGGAAGACUGCACUCAGAUUGUUUUCACAUGUCAGGGAAUUUUAUUACUCUUUCCAUUUUGACUUUCAACCAUUUAAAAAUGGGGAAACCUUCCU